AUGCACCCGAUUGGAGGCAACAAUGGAGCGGACCUUACGCAGCUACAGCGGGAGUACCGUAACAUGGAGCUCAACCGCAAGGUGUACGCGGACGAGAGUCACCAAGUGAUGCGCAGACAACAAACAGUGAUCGAGAAGCUCCGCAAGGACAACGAAGAGAUGAAGGCCGAGUUGACACUGGCUGAGCGUCACAUCAAUGAAGGCGCAGUAGCUCAGCAACAAGAGCAUCUUGCUCGUCUGCAGGACCAGAUUGACAACUACAACCGCAAGAAUGUGGCGGAGACCAAAAGAUUGGAAACUCUCACGCAGCAGAUCCAAGUUAUGAGACACAAAGUGUUGCAUCAAAAGAAGCACAUGGGUGGAGUCAAUGCUGCAAAGGAAAACCAGCAAAUGGUGAGCAAACAGAUCCGCAUUCUCGAGAACCGACUGGACAAGUCACUGGUCAAAUUCAACGAAGCUCUUGCACAAAACAAAGUCUUGCGUGAAGAAAUUGAUAAUUUGAGGCGCGAACGAGUCGUGUUCGACACAAUUUAUCGCAAACUUGAGCGCGAACAUGGCGACAAGAAGCGGCAAAUGGCACAAACGAUCGAGCUCAGUAACCAAGCUUACGAACAGCGCGACGCAGCGCAACUCGAGUUGCGAACUCUUCAAGAGGAAAAUCGUGCUGAACUCGAAGCGCAUCGACGAGCUCUGGCAGAACUGAUGGAACGGCUUGAGGAGAGUAAAAUACUAGCAGGUGAAAACACUGCGAAUUAUCGACGCGGCGCAUCAUCGGCUGGAGGUGCCCCUGGCGCAUCCACCGAGUACGCUGGUAACAUGUCGGCAGAAGAAGAGAAUGAGAUGAAGCGUAAGGUGCAAAAAGGAACGUGGGGUGUGGCAAAGGAGAAAGUGCACGUUCAGGUUUCCAUUGAGCGUGUGCAAAACUUCGAAGAGGCUUUCAUGAAAAUCAAAGCUGCAACAAGAAUCGAUGACUUGGAACAGCUCGUGACAUCUUUUAUCAAAAAGGAAGACCAAAAUUUUUCACUUUUCAAUUAUGUCAACGAGCAGAGCAACGAGAUUGAAAAACUCGAGGAAUGGAUCACUGCGCUACGUGAUGAAGAACGUCGUUACACUGGCAAUGGCGACGGUGCAAAUGGAGCCGCAGGAGAUGACGAUGGUGUUGGUCAGCACAAACAGUUGCUACGCGACUUGGAGGCACGACUUGCACUCACGGAACAAGCAGCUGAAAAGUGCGAGGCACGAUGUGCGGACGCUCAGAAAACAGUGAACACUGUCAAGCGCGCUAUCCAAAGCUUGUUCACCAAAAUCGGGUGCAACGCACAAGCCAUGGUAGAGAUGUUGGGCGAUUCUGUGGUCACGGAAGCGAACAUGAUGGCUUACUUGGGCGUCAUCGAACAGAAGACCAAUGAGAUUUUGCACCAGUACGCUGCGGUUGUCACCAAGCAGCAGGCAGACGCGCAGAAGAACAAAACUACUAGUGAUGCCUACGAUCGUGAAUCACAAUUCACUGCUGCUGCAGUGGGGGCAGCAGGCGGCACAAACGGAGCUGUGGCCACACUGCACUCGAUCCUUGGGGUUGGUCCGAUCGCACCUAUGGGUCAGGAACCACUACAGAUCAAUCCACCCAACCUUGACGAUUACUCGUCCGAGGAUGAAGAAAGUGGAGAUAAUGAAGACGCAAUGCAUCCUCUCACACGGGACGAACUCAAAGUACGCACACUCAAGGGCAUGCGUCGUCUUAACCAUGCAAAUGUUCCGCAACCAGGAAUUGGCAACAAUAUCAACGCUAAGCGUGGCGCCACCAACACAACGUUCGCAACGUCCCCCAAGUCCCGGAAGCAGUAG